AUAAUAAAGCAUUACAAGAUGAAUUGGGAAAUAUUUAUUGCGCUACUGUGGACCAAUAUUUUAUCUAAAGUGUUCUGCCAAAGCCCACUACUGAACGCUGAUCAUUUACCUGUUAUUGAAAACAAUCCGAUGACACUGACGUGUAGACUCCCUAGAGAGGUGAUGCAGGUUUCCUGGUGGCGAAACGGCGUAUCAGCCGGAAUGUGGACCGGGUUGUAUUCUGAUUUGUGUCAAUCAUCACCGUCACCGCUGCCCGAUGGGUUCAGUACCUCAUGCUUUAACAACUCGGUAUACACAUUGACGUUUGAGCACGUAAAACAGAAUCGGGAAGGGGAAUUUUGGAACUGUGCAGUCAAUUAUAUCGGCAGCACUGUUACUUACAGCAACAGCAUAACAAUCAACGUGAUAGUUCCAAUCAAAAGGCUUGCUAUGAACCCAGAGGUUGACCCAAUCUCUUUGAUUGCAAGUCAAUCAGCACAGUUCACUUGCACCAGUGACUUUGGGAGACCCAGUCCUUCAAUUUUCUGGUUUAAAAAGAAUCCGCUAGGAGGCAAUCCAGGAAGCGAUAUAAACGUAACCGCUGCGUCCCAGACGACUACUUCAAAUAACAGUAUUGCAGUCAGCACUUUGUCGUUUGAACCGUCCAUGUCCGAUCACAACAUGCGACUCUACUGCACGGGGAUAAACGGAGCACAAGCCGUAGCGUCUGAAGUGAAGCCUUUGAUUAACGUUCUUUAUGGACCAACCGCACCAGAGAUUUCUUUGAAUGGAUCGGUACUGACCACCACGCUUAAUAUUCGUUCUGGACAACACUUGAGCAUCCGUUGUUUCAGUGGCGGCAAUCCGCCACCCACAUAUUUAUGGUCGUUUCCUGGCGGUUCAGCUACAGGCGGAGACCUAGUGAUUUCCGACGUCCAGCCUGUCCAUGAAGGGAAUUUCACAUGUACUGCACGGAACACUAUGUCAGCAUCGACCGGUCUUACUGUUUCGGAACAGAAGUCAUCCACGAUCGCCGUCCAAGUGCUACUUCCUAUAGCCCAUGUUGACAUUGUCGGAGAAAAUGCACAAGUUUCUGUUAUGAAAAUAAACGACACCAGGUAUUUUGUUUGUGAGGCAUCAACCGGGAAACCAGUUGCAACCAUUCAAUGGUUUAAGGACAACAGGUCACGAGACAUAAUCACAGAUGACAUACCAUUUCAAGUAACGAACUACAAUUCUACCAUUAAGAUCGACAGGUCAGUGCGGAGCGUUCUUACCUAUCAUGCGAAAAGUACAGAUAAUGGUAUGAGGAUAUAUUGUACAGCCAGAAAUGCCGGAGACGUAUUGUAUUCUGCAAUACAAAUACAGUUAGUCAUUACAUCUACACCCGUUGCCCCAGCCUCGCUACAAGUUAAUGAGGUCAACAUAAAUUACGCCUCGGUGUGCUGGAAUUACGGCGUCAAAGACGUUAUUUACCCGAACUUUGUGCUCGAACUCAAACGUACAGAUACACAAUGGACUGGACAACCUGUCUCAGAUAUGAACAUCAACUCCAACUCAAGAAUAUGCACUGCUAUAAGAUCGCUGAACACCUCAACAACCUAUGACGUUCGAGUGUACGCAGAAAACGCUAUUGGACGAAGUGAAUACUCAAACAGCACUUCAUUUACAACUUUGUCUGAAUCCACACAAGUUCCAUUGGCCGAACGAUCUACACCACCACUUUCGCCUGAAACAGGAGCAGCCCGCCGCGUCGUUGUUAGCAAAAGCUUGGUAUUCUUUGCCACUGUUGUCGUUGGUGUGUAUUAUCAGUAGUAACAAACAUCGAUGGGUGAAAUGCGUGUGUGACAUUCACUUGUCCUUGAGUCUUUAAUACUGAAUUAGUGUGGACAAAGCCUGUGCGUUAUAAUUUGCUAACUCUUUAUGACGAAUGCAUAAGUUUAACUAUCUCUUGUGUGUGUGUAUGUGAGUGUGUGCCGUUUCAAUGGCGUUCUAAUAGAUAUCUGUAAUAUGUUGACAAGUGAUCAAUCUGUUUACCUUUUUUAUUGUAGUUGUAUAUAUUCCAAAAGUUUUCUUCAUACUAUUUACUCGACCAAAUUGAGAAGGACUUCUGUUUUUCCUCGCUAUACAGAAAGUGACAAGAUUUGUAUGUGGGCAGUAUAAUGCAAGAACACAGAUAUCCAUUUUUGAAAGAUUGUUUGGAAACCAAAAAAAUCAACUUUAAGUUAUUCAAUAAUCUAACAAGAUGUGACAUGGUCUUUAAAACAUAAUAAACGUACACAACUCCAUUUUAAUUUUCAUAUCGUUAUAUUUCUAUUUAUUUAAUUUCAACACAACGUUUUCCAAUGUUCGUAAAAUAUUCGGAACUACAAGCUAAAUGUAGUGGCCUAUUAGCCCCAUGACAAUAACAAAUUGUAUGACCGCAAUAUUCUGCCGUGUGUAUGAUACUGAACUCUCUACUGAAAAACCAUAUAUUAAUAAAGAUUGGAACACCCAAUUGUGACGUGUGCAAUUUCGGACGGAAUCUUGUGCAAAACCACGUGCCCAAAAGGUAGCGAAGUAAUAUGAUAGAUGCGAUGGCUGUCUAAGGAUGUCAGCCCGCCAUUUUCAUUCCCUGCAUGUCCAAGACAUGUCUAACAAGCAAAUUCGUUGAAUUGAU